CUCACACCCCAAAAUCUAUCCUGUCCAAGCCUCCAUCGUAUUCAGAUCGAAACAAAAAGCAAUGGACAGGAAUCUAAUCUGCAUAAUCAUCCGUCAAAGUUUCGCCAAAGUCAGUGUCACCAACGCUGCAUUGAAAUAUUAAUAAACCACGUCAUUGGAAUUCCCUUCCUCUUCCUUUCUUUCACGCGUAUUCUUCUUCCCUAUUAAUUAAUCCCCUUCUUCCUCUCCUUCGCAACUUCCCACUUCUUCCUUUUAACCCCUUUCAACCAUCAAACUUCCUUCAACAGCAAUUGGUACUUAGUCUUUGUUCUUGUUGUUUGGUACCUCGAAAAUUUUUGCCCACUUAGCUUUGUAGAUCAAAUUAUUUGCUCAGGAAAUCGAGUUCUUUUUUUUUUUUUUUCGGUCUCUCUCUGCAAAAAUUACUCCUUUGUUGUAUUGUUUUUCUGGCUUUUGAGGGCCGUUCCCCACCGAAGUGGACCUUCGAAAUCGUAGGAGCUGUAUGCUCAUCGAAUUCUUGGAGUAAGUGGAUUUGAAAACCCGAGAAUUUCUUGCUGCAUUUAUAUGGCUUCGGGGGCUAUAUUUUCGUCCCUGCGGCGGCGGAGGUCGCCGUCAUUGGAAGCCUUUCUUGCUCCGGUUGACCUGACGGAUGUUGCCUUGGUCCAAACUCUCGUGUCCGUCGCUAGUGGGCUCGUCUCUUGCUUCUCUGGGCGUUCGUUCUUCUUCCAGCGCAAGAAUUCGCGGGCGCUUAUUCGAAAAGUCGAGGUGCUUCACUUGCUUUUAGAGUAUUUGCGAGAUAACGGAACGAAUAUUCCGAUGGCAGGGUCAGUUUGUCUUAAGGAGCUUUAUCUUCUUCUGUAUCGGUCGAAGAUUCUAUUUGAUUAUUGCGCGCAGUCGAGUAAGUUAUGGUUUUUGCUUCAGAACCAUUCAAUUUCUGGUCAUUUCCACGAUUUGAAUAAAGAAAUAUCGACUCUUUUGGAUGUAUUCCCCAUUAAGGAUGUUCAAUUGAGUGAUGAUAUUAGGGAACAGAUUGAGUUGUUGCAGAAACAAUCACGAAGAGCUAAGUUGUUUAUUGACAAAAAUGAUGAUGAGCUCCGGACUGAGUUCUUGUCGUAUCUCGAUGAAUUUGAGAAUGGGCGAGUCCCUGAUUCAGCUCAGCUUCGAUCUUUUUUUAUGAUGAAAUUGCAGAUUCUGCAUCCUAGGAGUUGUAGAACAGAAAUUGAGUCGUUGGAGGAGCAAAUUAUUAACCACGAAGGAGAUGUUGAGCUAACAGUUACUGUGCUUAAUGGUUUGGUUGCAUUGACUCGGUAUUCCAGAUUUUUGCUCUUCGGAUUUGAGGAAGAUGAAAUAGAGUUAGAAAAUAGGAACCAGAUAAAAAAACUGAAGAGAUUGAUUACUCAAGAAAUUGCUGAAACAUUUGUAACCAUUCCUAAGGAUUUUUAUUGCCCAAUAUCGUUGGAUUUGAUGAAAGACCCAGUGAUAAUCUCCACUGGACAAACAUAUGAUAGGAGCUCCAUAUCCAGGUGGUUGGAAGAAGGGCAUUGUACUUGUCCAAAGACAGGGCAAAUGCUUGCCCACACAAAGCUUGUCCCUAAUCGAGCUCUGAAGAAUUUGAUCUUGAAGUUCUGCACUGCACAUGGAAUCCCUCCUGACCCAUCAGAGGUGGUAGAUGUAGUUCCAGAUACCUUUUCAAUGGCUUCUCCCUCGAAAGCGGCCCUUGAAGCCAACCAAGCAACAACAAUGCUCCUCAUUCUGCAUCUGGAGAAGGGAUCACAAACUGCACAGACCAUAGCUGCCCGGGAGAUACGACUACUUUCAAAAACAGGCAAAGAAAAUCGUGCAUUUAUCGCAGAAGCUGGGGCGAUUCCUUGCCUUCGUAAACUACUUUCAUCUCCUAAUGCUGUUGCUCAGGAGAAUUCAGUGACUGCAUUGCUCAACCUGUCAAUAUACGAGAAGAACAAGAGCCGGAUCAUUGAUGAGGAAGGUUGUCUGGAAUCCAUAAUUGAUGUGCUGAGAUUAGGCCACACAACAGAGGCCAGGGAGAAUGCUGCCGCAACCUUGUUCAGCCUCUCAGCAGUCCACGGAUACAAGAAGAGAAUUGCAGAUAAGGCAUGGGCAAUUGAAGCCCUUGCACAGCUUUUGCAAGAGGGUAACUUAAGAGGAAAGAAGGAUGCAGUAACAGCUUUAUUCAAUCUUUCCACCCAUACUGAUAACUGUGUCAGAAUGGUUGAAGCCGGAGCAAUAACAGCUCUAGUUGGUGCUCUGGGGACUGACGGAGUGGCUGAGGAAGCAGCAGGUUCCCUUGCCUUGAUCGUCCGGCAACCUAUCGGGGCCAAGGCAGUGGUGAAGGAGGAAGAAGCAGUGUCUGGACUGAUGGGAAUGAUGCGUUGUGGAACCGCACGGGGGAAAGAGAAUGCUGUGGCAGCAUUGUUGGAGCUAUGCCGGAGUGGAGGUGCAGCAGCAACAGAGAAGGUGGUGAGGGUGCCGGCUUUGGCUGGCUUACUCCAAACCCUGCUUUUUACAGGAACAAAGAGAGCUAGAAGGAAAGCAGCCUCACUUGCUAGAGUGUUUCAUAGAUGUGAAGAUGCAGCUUUACAUUAUGGUGGACUAGGUGUAGGAUAUGCAUAUGCUGGCAAUUCAGCUACUAGCAGAGAUACAACCUUUGUGGGGGAUGUUUCAGUACCAAUGUCCAUGUCUGUCCCUGUCCUGUAGCGUAACACACUAAUGGUUUUUUACAUUCCCCACAGUUUUGUUGCAAGUCUCUACAUAUUCUUUCAUUGAAAUAUAAGAUCAUAAAGAAAUGACACAAGUUGUUCCAUGUGCAUUCUGGGAGAUCCAUUGAUAGGCACGCGUAAUGUACAAGAAGCAAUAAUAGAAAAUCUCAAGUAAUCCCAUUCCAUUGCUA